AUGUUGGUGCAGUUCUACACGGCCAUCAUCGAGUCCAUCCUCACCUCCUCCAUCACCUCCUCAUCACCUCCUCCAUCACCUCCUCCAUCACCUCCUCCAUCACCUCCUCCAUCACCUCCUCAUCACCUCCUCCAUCACCUCCUCCAUCACCUCCUCCAUCACCUCCAUCAUCUCCUCCAUCACCUCCUCCAUCACCUCCUCCAUCACCUCCUCAUCACCUCCUCCAUCACCUCCUCCAUCACCUCCUCCAUCACCUCCUCCAUCACCUCCAUCAUCUCCUCCAUCACUCCAUCCACACCUCCUCCAUCACCUCCUCCAUCACCUCCUCCAUCACCUCCAUCACUCCUCCAUCCUCCUAUCACCUCCUCCAUCACUCCUCAUCACCUCCUCCAUCACCUCCUCCAUCACCUCCUCCAUCACCUCCCUCACUCCUCCAUCACCUCCUCCAUCACCUCCUCAUCACCUCCUCCAUCACCUCCUCCAUCACCUCCUCCAUCACCUCCUCCAUCACCUCCUCCAUCACCUCCAUCACUCCUCAUCACCUCCUCCAUCACCUCCUCCAUCACCUCCUCCAUCACCUCCUCCAUCACCUCCUCCAUCACCUCCUCCAUCACCUCCUCCAUCACCUCCUCCAUCACCUCCUCCAUCACCUCCAUCAUCCCUCCCAUCACCUCCUCCAUCACCUCCUCCAUCACCUCCUCCAUCACCUCCAUCCAUCACUCCUCCAUCACCUCCUCCAUUCACCUCACCUCCUCCAUCACCUCCUCCAUCAACCUCCUCCAUCACCUCCUCCAUCACCUCCUCCAUCACCUCCAUCAUCUCCUCCAUCACCUCCUCCAUCACCUCCUCCAUCACCUCCUCAUCACCUCCUCCAUCACCUCCUCCAUCACCUCCUCCAUCACCUCCUCCAUCACCUCCUCCAUCACCUCCAUCAUCUCCUCCAUCACCUCCUCCAUCACCUCCUCCAUCACCUCCAUCAUCUCCUCCAUCACCUCCUCAUCACCUCCUCCAUCACCUCCUCCAUCACCUCCUCCAUCACCUCCUCCAUCACCUCCUCCAUCACCUCCUCCAUCACCUCCUCCAUCACCUCCUCAUCACCUCCUCCAUCACCUCCUCCAUCACCUCCUCCAUCACCUCCAUCAUCUCCUCCAUCACCUCCUCCAUCACCUCCUCCAUCACCUCCUCAUCACCUCCUCCAUCACCUCCUCCAUCACCUCCUCCAUCACCUCCUCCAUCACCUCCAUCAUCUCCUCCAUCACCUCCUCCAUCACUCCUCCCUCCUCCAUCACCUCCUCCAUCACCUCCAUCAUCUCCUCCAUCACCUCCUCAUCACCUCCUCCAUCACCUCCUCCAUCACCUCCUCCAUCACCUCCUCCAUCACCUCCUCCAUCACCUCCUCCAUCACCUCCUCCUUCACCUCCUCCAUCACCUCCUCCGUCACCUCCUCCAUCACCUCCUCCAUCACCGUGUGGUUCGCUGGAGCCACAGUCAGGGACAAACAGAGACUACAGUGCAUUGUGCGCUCUGCAGAGGAAGUGA